AUGGAGAAGCUCGCCCGGGGCGGCUCGGUGGUGCUCGGCAGCGGCGUUCUGGCGUUCCCCGGCGGCGGCCAAGACGUGGACGGGGUGCGGCGCGCGGCGGCGGAUCUGGGGGCGUCGGCGGCAUGGCCUAGGGAGGAGUUACCAAAAAAAUCAGACGGUAGUCGGGUCAAAGCCGACGCCAUCUUGUAUUGUACUGGAUACAUGUACAACUUCCCGUUCCUAGGUCACGAUGUUGGUAUUUUUGUGGAUGAUAAUCGCGUAGAUCCAACAUACAAGCAUGUGUUCCCACCACAUUUAGCUCCUCGCAUAUCCUUCAUUGGAUUGUCCCUUCAGGCUCUCCAGUUUCCAGUGUUUCAACUGCAAAGCAACUGGGUGGCCAGAGUCUUAUCAGGAAGGUCUGAGCUCCCAUCACAAGAGGAAAUGAUGGAGGAUAUGGCAGCAUUUUACUCAGAGUUGGAAGCUAGAGGAUGCCUGAAAAUAUACGCUCAUGACCUAGGAGAAUGCACGUAUGAGUCUGAGGAUUGGGUUGCAGAUCAAUGUAGGUUGGAGAGGAUUGAAAGGUGGAUGAAAGAGAUGUUUGUUCACUAG